UUAGACAAUAUAAAAUUCUAGUGCAGCUGUACAGAAUAAAAACAAAAUAAAAAGUCAACAUGGUAUAGAAGUAGUUUACAGUUGUUAAAAAAAGUUUGUGCCUAUAUAUAUAUAUAGUUACAUUUUUAUCAUAUCAAUAGGAUUGAAAGACCAAGUGAAGAAGGAAGGAUAGCAAAGGAAAAAAGAGUGAUUUAUCAACGUAUUUUUCACUUUUAUAUUUGUACAUUUUCUAAGUCGGAUAUGUGAAUCAAAAGUGACGCUUGUAGUUUAAUUGGAUUAGUUACAAAAGUGUAGAAGGGAUAAAUUUUACCAAUGGGUAGAACGGAUAUGUCUAAAACGCUGAAUGCUUACAGGAUUAAAAAGAUAGAGCAUAUUGGUAGAAUGACAGCCAUGACACAAGAAGAAAUUACAGCGGGUGCACGUACAGUUGCACAGGGUCUAGAGGCUUUACGCGUCGAACACACCGGCUUAUUAAAUGGCUUGCAAUCUCAGGAAGCACCGACUGCCCGUGAUAAGGCUAAUCUUAUCUCCAAGAACAUCGAAAUGAUUGAGCUCGGGAUGGGUGAGGCACAAGUCAUGCUAGCACUGGCUAGUCACUUGCAAAUGGUUGAAGCCGAAAAGCAAAAACUAAGAACACAAGUGAGGAGGCUGUGUCAAGAAAACGCCUGGCUCAGAGAUGAACUUGCCGGAACUCAACAAAAAUUACAAGCUAGCGAACAAGCGGUGGCACAACUUGAAGAAGAGAGAAGUCAUUUAGAAUUUAUGGCCAGUAUGAGACAAUAUGAUCCUGAUCCACCGGCUGAUGAAGAAAACGCUAAAGAUCGACCGAAAGAUGAUCCAGUCGUUGAUCUUUUCCCUGAUGAUGAUACCGAGGAAAGAAACACUAUGUCGCCAACACCACCUUCACAAUUUGCUCAUCAAGUAACGGCUGGUUAUGAAAUUCCGGCACGUUUGCGUACCCUCCAUAACCUGGUGAUACAAUAUGCAAGUCAAGGUCGAUAUGAGGUGGCCGUGCCACUUUGCAAACAAGCUCUCGAGGAUCUUGAAAAAACAUCCGGACAUGAUCAUCCAGAUGUUGCAACGAUGCUUAACAUCCUUGCAUUAGUUUACAGAGAUCAAAAUAAAUACAAGGAAGCUGCAAAUUUAUUAAAUGACGCUUUGGCAAUAAGAGAAAAAACUCUUGGUGAAAAUCAUCCAGCAGUUGCAGCUACUUUGAACAAUCUAGCCGUACUUUAUGGAAAAAGAGGUAAAUAUAAAGAGGCCGAGCCACUUUGUAAGCGAGCAUUGGAAAUCCGUGAAAAAGUAUUAGGCAGAGACCAUCCCGACGUCGCAAAACAGUUAAAUAAUCUUGCAUUACUAUGUCAAAAUCAAGGCAAAUAUGAAGAAGUUGAACGAUACUAUCAACGAGCUCUUGAAAUUUAUGAAGCAAAACUUGGUCCAGAUGACCCUAACGUUGCAAAAACGAAAAAUAAUUUGGCUUCGUGCUACCUUAAACAGGGAAAAUACAAAGAUGCGGAGGUGCUUUACAAACAAGUGCUUACUAGGGCGCACGAGAGGGAAUUUGGUGCUAUUGAUGGUGAUAACAAACCAAUUUGGCAGGUAGCAGAAGAAAGAGAAGAAAAUAAACAUAGAAAUAAGGAGAAUGCUCCUUAUGGAGAAUAUGGUGGCUGGCACAAAGCAGCAAAGGUUGAUUCUCCUACUUUCAACACUACUCUCAAAAAUCUUGGUGCACUUUAUCGAAGACAGGGCAAGUACGAAGCUGCUGAUACAUUAGAAGAUUGUGCCAUUCGAUCACGAAGAGAGCUUGUACAGCAGGCUUUAGACUUGGUAAAGCAGCCGAAAGUUGCACAAAUUCUGGGUGAUGAAAAAGGAACAAAUCGUCGAGGCUCGAGGUCAAGUUUAAACAAUAGCGAACACGAGCAACAUGAUGAGGGCUCCUUGACAGUGGUACAGAGGGCGCUGAUGCACGAAGGACAGUCCGGACAUCAUGACGCUAGUCCUAACAAACCUGGUUUUAAAAACAAGAUAUUUCACGUUUUAGGAAUACACCCCUCUUCGUAGGGAACUCCUUUUUGUUUUGUAUAAUUAUCGUAUUUUAAUUUUUGUUUUAAAUUUUUCUAAACUAUAUUUUCACUAGAUUAAGAUCUUGCAGUAUUUAAUUCAAACGGUUGUUUGAUUUACAACCAAA